AUGGCUUUGUCAGAAAAUGAGCUUCUGACAGUUGCUGGUGAAGCUCUAGCAUCUGUGGACCAGACAGGUUUGGUGGAAUCUACGUGUCCAAAGGAAGUUCCUGUCAGACAUUCAGCUCCCAUGGAACUCACAGAGGACUCGUUUCUUGUGGUAUUUCCUGAAGAGGAUACACAACAUGCACAAUCUGUGGACUCAAACAAACCAGUACAACCAUUUCUGGAAUUUGUGCAUCCGACAGAAGCUGUGGGUCUGCCAUAUGAGGGUACAGCGGAUAUUUUGCCACUUCAGAUACAGGAAGGGAGCAUUGAGACAACUACGAAGGAACAUGUAGAGCAUUGUUUGGCUUCUAAGAUGCUGGGAGAUCAACAGCACAAGGAGGAAAAGAGACAUGAGCUCUGGGUGGGUGAAGAGGGUGAGGAGAUAAGUUGGGAGAGGAGGAGUGAAGAAAAGGAUGUUGGGAUGGUGCAUGGCAAGGAGUCGCCUUUGAUAGCUAAAGGGGAGAAAGUGCAGGACGAGGACUUUCCUUCCUUAGACAAAGAAAAAGAGCAGAGCUUUGGUGAAGACCUGGUUGUCACAGCAGUAGCAGUUGUAACUGUAGCAAUAGCAUCAGCCAUGGCAAGCAUAGAGCUGAGCCAGCGGCCAGCAGGCAGUCAGUCAGAGAGUCAGCAGUCUGCUAGCAAAAAUCUGCCAUUAGCACAAUGUGCUAAUGUUCCCACUGACACAUUAGAGGCUGAAAACAAGCCCAUACAACAUCCACACACUGAGCCUACUGAUCCGUUCUCCUCUGAACAGAUGAUGGAGAAUGUUCAAAUGUCAGAGGAGUCCUGUUUUGUAGAGUUAGAGUGUGAAACUGAGACAGAAAAGGUGCUAGCAGCACAGCUAGGUCCCAGAAAUCAGGAUAACCUCCACCUGUCAGCAUUUGCAGACACUCCCAGUCUACCUCAACUCCACAAAGAGGAAAUUCAAACAGCAAACACACAAAACAAAUUCUUAACAUGUCCACUGCCUAAAGAAGGCAGCCUACUGCAAGUUUAUAUGACACCUUUGCCAGAGGCAAAUGAAACCACUACUGAUGAGGUAGACAGCCAAAGUGACAUGCAGACAGAAAGCCAACUGUCCUGUCCUGUUAGGGACACAGGACAAGAUCUAGAGACUCCUGAUAUGUUGUGCUAUGAUUCAGAGUCUGAGAACACUCCCCUAGACGUCUGUCAGAAAGAGAUUUCUGGACAGUUGUUAGGUUCACAGUUUCAAAACAAAGAGAUGCAGGAUAGAGAUGGAAGCCUCUGUGUAGAAUCUCCAACUGCAGAGGGCACAGGAAAAGGGCAAGCACAUGAGCAGGGCAGUCCAGAAAAGUCAGACAGUAAGAAAGAGGAAAGUGAGAGCAGCCAUGAAGGUGUCACAAAUGUGUUAGGCUCAGACUGUCAAACUGAAGGGCAUCCACAGCUGCUUAAAACACCAUGUGAAGGGGAGAGUCUCACUUCAACACUUCCUUUUACCCCCUGUGACUCAACUCCUGUGGCUGAUCCUAGUCCAGAUGCACUGACUGCCCCCGUAAAUGCGGGAACAGGCGAAAUCCGGUCCUCCCAGUCACUUCCGGGCAUGGAGCUUGUUGCUGCCAUGCUCCACAGCAAAGAUGAGUCUGAGUCUGAGUCUGUGGCUGUGGCUGUGGCUGUGGCUGAUGAAGAUUGUGCGUCUGACAAAGGCUCAGGCUCUGUGGAUGGAUGGAAGCAGAGAGAAAGGGCUAACAUGGAAAGAGAGGAGGAGGCGAGGAAAAAGGUGGUCACAGUGGAGGACACAUCCCACACAGAAACAGAACUGUUCCCAGCAGCACAAGAAGAGUCUGAACAGACCAGGAGAGACCCAGACCACACACACACUCUGCAGAUCCAGAGAGAGAGGGAUGUUUUCUACCCCAUCCAGCACUGCCCUCAGUCCAGCACAGUAACUUCAUGUGCAGAUGUGCAUCCAGAUAAAGAGGAGUGUGUUUCUGUGUGUGUGUUGCGCAGAGACAGUGACAGUCUGAAUGUCAGUGCUGAGCUGGAUGACAGUGUCUUUAAAAAGCCUGAUCCUCCCCCCAGUGUUGGACACAGGGACAGAGGGGUUCGUGUUUCCCUCUUGUCCACAGAUGAAUCAUUGCUGCAGGGAGCCCACAGCCCCAGUGAGAGGGCUUGGUCAGUGGGCUCACCUGACGAUGCAGUCUCUCAGAGUUCCAGACUGUCCUGGAAGUCAGAAACCGAGGACAGAGGAGGAGGAGAGACAGAAGGAGGAGGAGAAGAAGAAGAAAAAAAAGACCAGCUUCUAGAAAACCCUGUCUCCUCUGCCAUCUUGCGAGCCUCCAUCCGAUCCUUGUCUCCAUUUCGUCGUCACAGCUGGGAGCCAGGCAGGAGCAACACAGCUGCAGAUAUUGACAUCACACACCGCAGCUCAUUGAAGAGCCUGACAGGAGAGGUGAAGAGAGCCAGGCCCCCCCUACACAGAAGAAGUAUGAGCUGGUGUCCAUCCAACCUGCAUCGUCCUGAUCAGGAGCAAAUAGACAACAGAAGUUACAGUCUGGAGGGUCUGGAGGUGCAGAGGGGAGGGGUCCAGACUCAGUGUCCCAGACUGAUUGAUCAGGAGGAGAGGACCGCAGGCAGGAGUCUACGCCUGGACAGCCAGGAGAGAGGCUCACUGGUCUCCCUCACUGAGGAAGAGCAGGAAGGAGAUGGUAGCAGCAUCGACAGCCAGACAUCACAUCAUGUACUGUCAAUGACAACAAGCUGUCCUGCCAUGUUCCAUCACCAAACCCUCACAAAAUCCAUGUCCAUGGUUACCAUCAGUCAACGCGAUAUAGAUGGGGUCAGCUCGUUCUCCGGUAACUCCGGCUCACUGGAGUACAGUAUUUCAGAGGAGGAGCCGGGCCCUCUGCGGAGCGACACCGAGGUGAAAGGAGGACCUAAAAUUAGCCGGACGUUCAGCUACCUCCGCAGUAAGAUGAGCAAGAAAGGCAAGGAGAAAGAGAAGGAUAAAAGAGGAGAGAAGGAACGAGAGAGAGAAAAGAAGAGUUCAAAUAGUCAUCUCUUCAUCCCAGUCAGCCCAUCUCCCUCCACAGCCUGUCAGCACUGCAACAAACCUCUGCACAAUAAGGACAAUUUCCUCUGCAACAACUGUGGAGUUCAUGUCCAUAAGAGCUGCAGGGAAAGCGUGUCUGUCUGUACAAAGAGCAAAACAAAGCAGCAGUCACUGAUGAUAGAAGCAACUCCUGGAUCAGCUCUUAACAUGAGGAGUAAAUCUACAUCUUCAGCAUCCUCUGUAUCAUCCACAUCCUCCUCAUCGUCACGGGAACGCUGGUCCACAGUGACCACCCCUGACGACCAGCUUCCCGUGUUGUUUCCAAGAAGACACCCCAGCAUCUUCAACACACACAGUAACCUGGCCAAAAGCAUCUCUACCAGCAACAUAGCAGGGUUAGAUGACGUUCCACUGAAAGGCCUGAAGUUUCUGUCUCAGUCCACCGACUCUCUCCAUCAGGGGAGCAAAGUCAAUGCCUCGACUGAGUCACUCACUGAUGAAGGCACUGAGAUGAUGGACAGUCAGCUGAUGGGAGAGUUUGAGUGUGACAUUAAAGAUCUGGAGGCUGAUUCUUGGAGCAGCACAGUGGAUAAGAAGUUCUUGAAAACUCUGAAGAAAGAUGAAAUCAAGAGACAAGAUGUCAUCUAUGAGUUGUACCAGACAGAGUUCCACCAUGUGAGGACACUGAAAAUCAUGUCUGAAGUGUACUACAAAGGCUUGCAGAGGGAGGUUCAACUUGAGACCGACACCCUGGAUAAGAUUUUUCCUGUUUUAGACGACUUGUUGCACACACACACAGAGUUCCUCACCCAGCUCCUGGAGACAAAGAGAGCUUCAUCAGCUCAAGGACAAAACAACAACAGCUUCCUCAUCUGCUGCAUUGGGGAUGUUCUGGUCAACCAGUUUUCAGACUGCAGCGCUGAUCGUAUGAAGAAAGUUUAUGGGAAGUUCUGCAGUCGCCACAAUGAGGCCGUUAAUCUCUACAAAGAUCUGCAUGCCAAAGACAAACGCUUCCAGGCUUUCAUUAAGAGGACAAUGAGCAGCAGCAUUGUGCGGAGGCUCAGUAUUCCAGAGUGCAUUUUGUUGGUCACUCAGAGGAUCACCAAAUAUCCCGUUCUGAUCCAGAGGAUACUCCAGCACACCAAAGAGUCAGAUGAAGACCAUAGCAGCGUCUGUGAAUCUCUGCGCUGUGUGAAGGAGCUGAUUGCGGCAGUGGACAGUAAAGUCAACGAGCAGGAGAAGAAACGCAGACUAAGAGAAGUCCACAGUCGCACUGACAGUAAGUCCAUCAUGAGGAUGAAGAGUGGUCAGAUGUUCGCUAAAGAAGACCUGAUCAGAGGGAGGAAGCUGCUACAUGAUGGAGCGCUGCAGCUGAAAAAUGCUGCUGGACGACUCAAAGAUGUCCAUGCCAUGCUUCUGUCUGACGUGUUGGUCUUUCUUCAGGAAAAGGACCAGAAAUAUGUCUUUGCGUCUUUGGACCAGCGCUCUACAGUCAUCUCUUUACAGAACCUGAUUGUUAGAGAAGUGGCUAAUGAGGAGCGAGGUCUCUUUCUGAUCACAGCUGGUACAGAGAGACCAGAGAUGGUGGAGGUGUUGGCCAGCAGCAAGGAGGAGCGCAACACAUGGAGGGCCAUCAUACAGGAUGCUAUGCACUGCAUGGAGAAAGAUGAGGACGAGGGAGUUCCCAGUGAGACUGAAGAGGACAGGAGGCAGCAGGAGAACAGAGCAAAGGAGAUCCGAGAGCUCCUACGGAGGAAAGAUGAACAGAUCAUCUCUUUAUUGGAGGAAAAGGUCCACAUCUUCAGAGAGCUGAGCGACUGUAACCCUGCCCCCGAGGAUACAAACCCACCAGUCAGGGAGCGGAUGUUAUUCAGGGCCACACCUGAUGAUGUCACAAAGGGGGAGCCAAUCAUAAAGGAUGCCCUGAGGGAAGUGGAGAGCCUGCAUGCUUUAGUGAGCAGUGGUGUUGGUGGAGCAGGCUGCAGUGUUCCAGCUGGCCUGGCAGGGGGCAGUGUGGGACCAGUCUGUCUGCCCCGGAGAGCUGAGACAUUCGGAGGCUUCGACAGUCAUCAGAUGAACAGCAGCAAGAAUGGAGAGAAGGAAGAGGGGGAUGAAUCACUGGACCUCCGCAGGACUGAGUCAGACAGCGUGUUGAAGAAGGGAGCCACUGCCAGCCUGCAGAUGUUGCUGAAGAGGAACAAUGAGCAGGUCCAGCACAGUGUGACACAUCUUCACGACCUGCUGAUUUCACUGCAGGCUGUGGUGGUCCAGCAGGACUCAUUCGUCGAGGACCAGCGGCAGGCCCUGAACGACCGGCUCACAGCCAACUCCUCCAGACACUCAUCCUCUUCCUCACUCUCAUCCUCGUCCUCCUCCCGCCCCUCCUCCCUCAUUGAGCAGGAGAAACACAGGAGUUUGGAGAGACAGCGACAGGAGGCAGCCAGCCUGCAGAAACAGCAGGCUGCACACCAAGAAGAAAAGAGGAGGAGAGAGAAGGAAUGGGAGCUGAAGGAGAAAGGUCUGGCAGAGCGAGAGGAAAGGCUGAGGCAGGCGGAGGAAGAGACCAGGAGGAGGCAGCAGGAGCUGCUGGAAGAGAGAGAGAUGCUGCAGAGGAAGAAAGAGGAUUACCAGAGAGAGCUUGAGAGGCUGAGGGAAGCACAGAGGAGGCUGGAAAGAGACAAGGAGGCCCUGAGGAGAGACACUGAGAGACUGGAGGCCACGAGGAGAGAUGAGUUGGAGCAUCUUGAGAGGUACAACCGAACUCCCUCCACCACCUCUGAUGACUCUGUAAGGUUCCACAGCUCUGGGUCUCUGGAUCUGGAUUCAAAAGAAGCAGCAGAACAGCCAAAAGAGGUGGAGCUCUCAUCCUCAGCACCAACCAAAGAACCAUUCCUCCGCAUCGGAUCCAAGAGGAUGGGCAAAAACUUCAACCCUUUCUCCUCAUCCUCUAAGCCUCAGGGAGCAGAGAAGCCAGCAGGAGUCCCAGCUCCCCACCAGACUGCUGCAGCUGGCCAAACCUAAGGAGAAGAAAGACAAGAAGAAGAAGGGGAAAGGAGGGGAGCAGACGCAGACAGUUACAGUGAUGUCAGAUCCUCAAAACGAUGGCGACAUCUUCUUGUGCUGAGAAUCUGAAUGAGGCACAUGUGAACUUCUGACCUCCCUGAGGAACCACACUACUGGCCAGUGCAGAAAACACUGACAUCGUCCCAGUCUGACCCAGUCUGUCAGACAGACCGGACCAUGGCUGGACCAUCAUAGUAGGAGCCAGCCAGAUUCUCAGGAUGACAGACUCACUGACCUGCAUAUAUCCCAGGAAAACAAAUGAUGAUCUCCUCCCAGAGGCACCAGGUGAGGUCAUGGUGAGCGAGCAAAGAAUACUUGCCCCACUCACACACACCACUUUCCAUCAGCUGGAGAUGUGAUGGGAAGCCAAGGAGGAUCAAAGAAGAGCAGUGUGAUUUCCUCAUUACUGCAAACUUUUUUCCCAGCUGUCAGUCAGAGAUCAUGUGUUAGACCACGUCACAUGGUGCUUCAAGUCAAAUCUUCUCUAGCCUUUAACCUGUUGUAAACUUUAGCUUUAGCUAUUCAUGUUAAUGAAUCAGCAAGAAGUUGUUGAGGUGCUGGUGACUCCUUUCGCUUCCACAGCCACAGGCUGUUCAUCUGGAGGAACCGUUAAUCUAGUGAGUGUUUUGUGUCCCUUCAUCCACUUUAACUCUAGCUUUAUCAAUCAACCUGACAAACAAGACACAGGAUGGAGGAAAAAAGCCCCUGGGCCCAGUGGUUCUUACAGUUAGACACCCCCACUAUUUCUUUCUGUCCACACUGCCCUGAGGUCAGUGUGUGUGGUCAGUGUGUGCAACAAGGCCACAGAAACACAAUCAGUCAAUGACACAUCAUUCACCAGAGAGAGAUGGAUGAGUCCACAGAGACAGACUUGUCAUCAUGGUCCACUGAGUGCUCAGGACACCAGACAAGAGUGGGAAUGUUCACCUAAUACCUUAAUCGUGCCUUAAGUAUCUUAUAUAGUUCCUGUCUGGUGAAUGUAAUGACAGCGUGUGCUCAAAACAGAUGUUUUAAUACUGGCUAUAGUUAAGAUAAUCAUCUAGUCCAUAGAAACUUUGUGGUCAUCUCCUUCAAUCAUGAAAUGUACCAGUCAGUAUGUAAAACAAGAUAAAUCAUCAUUCAGUGUGACAAUCAUCACAGUGCAACUGUACUGCAGCACAACAGGAUCAGGAAGGCAAAGGUUUUAACAUGCACUUUAUAGACAUGAGAAAGUGAUGCUUUAUUUUAAAGCUCUGUCAUUUCCUGAGAAUUUAAUAAUAAUUUCUUUCUUCUCUUCAGUAAUUUGGUACUAAUUAUAGAGAAAAUAUGAAUGUCCUGAAAGAUAAGCUCUUUUUAAACCCAAGUGAAUAUUCAUUUAAUCCUGCAAACUUUAUUCUCAUUGAAGCAUCUGUAUGUAUAGAGCCCCUGUGUCCUGAAAGGUCAUAUUUUUUAUCUUGUGCUCAAAUAUGUAUUCAUCUGUCAGGACUUUGUGGGGUCUAUACAUAUGCUAUAUGUUUGCUUGUAGCUACGGUUGAACUAUUUUCAUGAUUUUUGCAUGUCUAUCAAAUUGAACACAGCAGCAACUGUUUUCCUAUAAUUAGUAUCAGAUGAUGUAGUUAUUUAGAGGAAAAGUCCCAGUAAAUGACUUGAAAUCACAGAAGUGUAAAAUAAAGCAUUGUGUUAGUAGGGCUUCGUCAGAAUUCAAUAUUACUGAAUAUAGACUUUUACUGGGUUUAUAUUGAGAUGAUAUGAUCGUAUCAUGUUGUUGUACAAAAUAUGUUUGUAUUUAUUUUUGUUUUAUGCAGCUGAGAGCCUUUCUCUUCACUGCUCUGUGCAUCAGUCUGACUGAGCUCAGCAGUUCUCGUCUCGGCCUUAGAAACAUCAGCUACAACAAUCAAAUUUCCAGGUCCAUUCUGGAGCUUUCAACCACACCAUACAGUUCUCAUCAGCAGAUUGAGUUUACUCAGUCACCGUGGAACUGUAGAUGUUUGGACGUGCUAUGAUCCCAAGCACCUAGUUUUACUGUAAUUUUACCUGCAGUUGCCUCAUUCAGAUAAAUGUUGAUGUUGGAAAAAAGUGUUUUUAUUAAUAUUGUGAUGAAUUCAUUCAUUAUAGACAGGAAGACAUUCAGUGACAGUUUGUAAUACUGUCAGUUGUCAGAUGGUGCCUGGUGCCUUAUCUCAGUGAAAGAGACAAGCAGAAUUUGCCCUUAUUCUCAUGAGUAUAUUUGAUUAUAGUACUUAAGUAAAACAUCCUCUUGUUCUCUGAUCCAUUUCCAGUUGUCCUGUUACUUUUCUGUUACUCAACACUUCCUCCAUCUCUUUCAUAUGAAAAUCCUUCAGCAGUCCAGUGAGCAAAAUCCUCCUCCCUUCUCCUGAGGGAUUUUUAUUUUUAAACAAAUUAGAAUCUAUCUAAGAGAAAAGAGUAUCACUGUUAAAAAGAUAACCACGGAGUACUGAAGAAAUACACAUUGUAUUGAAUUUACUAUGUUUGUCAGUAUAGCACAAUUACAGUUAUAGUUUUUUUUAUCCCAUGUCUCCCCUGGCUAUUAUUUCACACCCAGCUGUUUUUUAGAAGAUUUUACAGUAUGUACCACAGCCAGGUUUCAUCUAGAGUCAGACCUGUCGUGCUUUGGAAGGACAACUGAAGUGGAGACUGUACAGUAAUACCAAAUACCAAACCAAAUAUUGUGUGUUCUCUUGUCCUUGUCUCCUCUGCAGCCCUGCUGCUACUCAUAACACACCAACACACAGUGGGUGCCCCAAGGCUCAUAUUCCUCCCCUCUCAUCCAGCCACAGUAAUAAGUCAUAGCUUCAGAUUUGCACCACAUUGAUUUUCUCCUCCUGUUCCCUGCAGAGGAGUCAUUCAUCAGAAGCUGUAAUCCGAGGAAUAAUAUUUCAGCCCACUGUGUCAUUUCCCUCUUUUCUGCUGAGAGGAGCAGAUUUGUGCUGAAAGUCUAAGCACAGGAGCUCAUCUCUAAUUCGCUAAGGCGCCUUCUUCCCCUGCUCUCACUCUUGACUGUAGUCUGUGAUCACCAGGGAUGUUUAGUCCUCCUCAGUCCUCCAGGAUUCAGAAGCAAACACACAGAAGCUGCUUCCUCUGGACACUCACUCACAUUUAAGAACAUUCAUAGCCACUUUCUGCAACAGCAGUAGUUCAGUAUCGCACAGUCUUAACAGGACUGAAAUGAGAGACAUUAGUUAUUACCAUAUACCUUCACUGUGCCUUAAAGUCUGUUCUGUAAAUAAAACACCUGUGCUUUCUUUUGAAUUAAAGAAAAACAUCAGAAAGGGCAGAACUGAUGAUUGUUGAUGAUUGUUAAUUCAUGUAGUUCUUAUCCUUCAACGCAACACUAGCUGUCCUCAGCUCUUAAACUACAUAUAGCAGCAUCAGUCUCCGGUUCACAGGACACUGUCAUUAGGAGGCUAAAGGAACAUUUCUGUCAGAUAUUUGUUAAUGUUUAAAUUUCAGUGUCAUUAGCAAUUCAAUGUAAAAAUCACAUAAUAUGCAAAAAAAAAACCCUAACCGUGAUCUCAGUGGGGCUGAAAUAUAGAUUUUUAAUAGAUUUUCAAUCUAUGAGCAGUGGAUGAAGAACCCAAGAGAAAUGUGGGUUUUCAUGUCUGUCAGUGGGCUUCAGUUCAGUUCAGUUCAGUUACAUCUCUUCUUGUCUUAAGGCACUUUACAGAGUAAGGUGAAGACCUUACAUUACCAUACAGAGACACCUAACAGUUCCCAUCAUGAGCAAGCACUUGGAGGCAAUGGAGAGGAAAAAACAGCAGCUGUCUCUUGAACAGGCGGUCAUUGGGUUUCUGUGGGUUUCAGUGUGUCUUUGAAUCAGUGGAAAUGAGUCCAGUUAGAGACUUUAUAUGCAGGGUGGUUUCGCCAUAUUUUUUCCCUUUACAGUUAUGCAGUUUAGCGCACAGUCUGCAGCAUUUGGAUCCAUGAAACAAAAUAAGCUAAAUCACGGAAGCAAAUUAUCUGAAGAGGAAGUAAAACCUGAAAUCUUGACUUUUGCUCAGCAUGCUGGAAGGCCCAUCUCUUUUCUUCUCCCCUGUUGUUUCAUUCAGUGUGCACUAGAGUUUUAUUAAAACCAUUCAUAAGGAAUUUUACAAAGUCACAUUAGACCUUACAGUUUUGCACUGUAUGUCAGAGCUUUCUGAAAUGUAUUUGUACUAAAAACAGAAGGUACAAAGUUACAAAGUUUAUUUUUCUCAUUAUAUGUACAAAGAAAAAAAAGGGCAAAGCAACAAAUGUUGUAAAUAUGUUGUAUGUACAAAUUUGAACUUCCAAAGUAUUGAUGACUGUGGAUUUUAUUUAGUUGGAUGAUUGAUUUGUUUUUUUAAUAAAUAAUAAAGCUUUAUUUAUCUGUCCUCAACCUGUACAGUAAUUUUCUCUCCUCAAUAAAUAACUAAUAACUA